AUGAUAUGUGCACUUUCAGGCGAGCGAAUAAAAGAAGCAGUAGCAUCGCCGAAAAGCGGCGCCGUAUUCGAGCGCAAAUACAUUGAAAAAUACGUGUCGACAACUUCAAAAGACCCCAUCACCAAUGACCCACUUUCACUAUCGGACCUCAUCACUUUGAAACUCACACCGCUAGUGGCGCCCCCCGACCCAGCAACUACAACAUCGAUUCCGUCGCUACUAUCGAAUUUGCAAAGCGAAUGGGACUCGACGGUAUUGGAAGUUUUCACGCUUCGCAAGACGGUGCAGCUGUUGAAACUGGAAUUGAGCCAGGCUUUGUAUCGACUGGACGCGGCGGUGCGAGUUGCUGCUAGAGCUAUCAGGGAGAGGGACGACGCGAAGCAAGCUUUGGAGGAGUUGGUGUUGUCUUUGGAAGUCCGAGAUGAGGAAGAUGAGGAGGUUGAAGAGGUGGAAAAUGGGGAGAAGAAUAAGAGCAAGGAGGAGGUGUUAAAGAAGAUCGAGGUGGAGGCUGAGGCGUUGUUCAAGUUGCACAAGUCCACAAAGGUCAAAUUUCCAUAUAGCGGCAGCAAUAAACCGUUUCAUCUUGAGCAAGGGGAGAUUUACAAAGAUGUGUUUCUAGGAGCGUCUUCCCACGCCACCGACGUUACAUUCAAUGCAGAUCUCAAGCGCUUAGCGGCCGUGGAUGGUGAUAGCAUAAACAGCUUCGACAUUGGAAAAAAGAGUACCACGGCUUGGAAAACGGGUUUGGCUUCGAUAUCGCACUGGUGCGUAAGUAACAAUGGUACCGUUGCUGCUGUAGAUGGGCAAAAAUUGGCUUUUUCCAAUACGGACUCGACAAUUGAGCUUGAAAGUGAGGUGACGGCUGUCACUAGCCAUCCGUCGUUGGACAUUUUCUUGGUUUUCACGACGAAAUCUUGGCUCGUGUGCGAUCCUCACGGCGUCGCGGCAAGGCAUGAAACACCGACGCUGUUGCUGGUGCCUGCUGUUCACGUUGACGGUGAGUUGUUUGCCGCUUUCGACGGGUCCGAGAUAAAGCUUUCGAGCAUGACCACUGGCGAUGUUCUAGCUGCGUUUUCGCCGCGGUAUGGACAAAUUAAACAAGUGCAAUUUGCUCCAAACGCAUACUGGCUACUUGUGCUAUCUCAAGAUGACGACAACAAUGCGAGCGUAAUAGAAGUUUACGACGUGCGAAAGAAUACCGUUGCUAACGAAUUGGAUUUUGCCAGUGUGAUUCAGGAGUUUAUAAUCGAUCCAACGUCAAGUCUCAUCAUAGUGAACCACGGUGGUGACGAAUAUAGCUCUGCCGUGUAUCAGAAGAAGCUGAAAAAGUGGGACGCCCCAGUGAAAUUGGACCUGAGCGCAAAGAGUUUAAAACUAUUCUCCCAUAUCGAGGAUGUGCAAAAGAAAGGCACGGUUGAAUUUAUAACCUACGAUGAGGUAAAAGAUGAGUGCCAGGUCUUGACUCUAGAGAGUCUGUAA